GAAUGCACAAACACAUGUUCCAAAGAGGUAUUGGCCAUGGAAAACCCACACGCUCUGGUCCUACCAUUCCCAGCCCAAGGCCAUGUCAUACCCUGCAUGGAGCUCUCUCAUUGCUUGAUCGACCAUGGGUUCAAGAUCACAUUCAUGAACACUGACUCCAUUCACGCCCGAGUCAUGGCUGCACUACCAAAGAUGGGCGGCGUGCACGGCCAGAUCCGUCUGGUCUCAAUCCCAGAUGGAAUGGCACCAGGCGAAGACCGGAGUCAGCCGGAGAAGCUAUAUGACUGUUUUUUACGUGUCAUGCGAGUUCAUUUAGAAGAGUUUAUUCGUAAGAGGAACGAGUCAGAUCAUGAUAAGAUCACAUGCCUCAUUGCGGAUGGGUGCAUGGGAUGGGCUGUAGAAGUUGCAGUGAAGAUGGGAAUCCGAGGAGUUGCAUUUUGGACACUACCUAUGAGCUUCUGUGCGUAUGUGUUUCAUGUUCCGAAGUUGAUCGAGGACGGAAUCAUCGAUGACAAUGGAUUUCCAACAAAACAGCAAAUGAUCAAGCUCUCCCCAACCAUGCCAGCCUUGAACACCUCUCACCUAAUAUGGCUCUGUCUCCCUGACCACAUCUCCAAACCGUCCAUCUUCCGAUACUUGAACAAAUGCACUCAAGCUGCCAAAUCUGCAGACUGGCAUCUUUGCAACUCAUUCUAUGAUAUCGAACCAUCGGCCUUUGAAUUGGUUCCAAAAAUCCUACCCAUUGGCCCUCUUUCUGUGGGAAGACGGCUCGGGCUACUUGAAGGGAACUUCUGGCUAGAAGACUCAAGUUGCCUAAGUUGGCUUGACGAACAGCCUGCCCACUCAGUCAUCUACAUUGCCUUUGGCAGCUAUACUAUCUUCAACCAACGUCAAUUCCACGAACUUGCACUUGGGCUCGAACUUUCCAACCGUUCGUUCCUAUGGGUAGUGCGGCCGAACCUCACCGAUGGAUCAUCAGAUGCCUACCCAGAUGGCUUUGAAGCUAGAGUAGCAAAUCGUGGGCGAAUUAUAGGAUGGUCACCUCAACAAAAGGUGUUAGCUCAUCCUUCGAUCGCGUGCUUCUUGACCCAUUGCGGGUGGAACUCAACCAUGGAAGGGCUAAGCAAUGGAGUUCCUUUUCUGUGUUGGCCUUACUUUGCUGACCAGUUCCAAAACCAAACAUACAUUUCCCACGUUUGGAAGGUUGGGUUGGAACUAAAACACAAUUCCAGUGGGAUCAUAACAAGAGAAGAGAUUAAGGGAAAGCUGGAUGAAUUGGUUGGUGAUAAUGUUAUAAGAGCUAGAUCUUUAGAGCUCCAGCAGAUUGCUCAAAAGAACGUCACCGAAGGAGGAGCUUCGUUUAAGAAUUUCAACAAUUUCAUUGAAGCAAUCAAGUUAGAGAAGUGUUAGGGAUAUUAGCAUGAAUCACAUACAUGCAAAAGUGAAUGCUAUCACCAUAAAAUCAAGAUAGUUAAAACUCAUUGAUGGGGCUACACAUGUAUGGGAAGAAUGAAAAAAGAUAUUAACGGUCUAUAUUAGUGUUUGAGCCCA